UAUAUAUCUUGUUUCGAACACUGCAUGCUCUCACACUUUGUUGCACCUCCUAAAGACAGAGUGUAUAGAAGAGAACCUUCUUGUCACGCCUCUCUUACUCCUCUCUCGUGGUCCAACAAAAAAAAAACCCUACUUUUCUUCUUUGCUUUCUCUUUUAUAUUCGAUCCUAUAACUUUCAUGCUUUUUCAUCAUCUCUCAUAUCUUCUUAUAGAUUCACAGGAACUGAACUGAAAAGAAAAUAAAGGAAAUGGAAUGGUCAACGACAAGCAACGUAGAAAACGUGAGAGUUUCUUUUGUGCCGCCAUCAUGGCCGGAGUCGAGCUCCUUUAACUCGCUCCACAGCUUCAACUAUGAUCCUUAUGCAGCCGGAAAUUCAUACACGCCUGCCGAUACGCAAACCGGACCGGUUAUCUCUGUACCGGAAUCAGAAAAGAUCAUCAAUGCGUACCGUUUUCCGAGCAACAACAACGAGAUGAUAAAGAAGAAGAGACUAACGAGUGGACAAUUGGCUUCACUUGAGCGUAGUUUUCAAGAAGAGAUCAAACUAGAUUCAGACAGGAAGGUGAAGCUGUCGAGGGAGCUUGGUCUGCAGCCACGUCAGAUAGCGGUUUGGUUCCAGAACCGCCGUGCACGGUGGAAGGCGAAGCAGCUCGAGCAGCUGUAUGACUCUCUUAGGCAAGAGUACGACGUCGUUUCAAGAGAGAAGCAGAUGCUACACGAGGAGGUGAAGAAGCUAAGAGCUAUACUAAGAGACCAAGGUUUGAUCAAGAAGCAAAUCUCCGGUGGGACCACCAAAGCUCACGGUGGGGAAGACACGACGGAGAUUCCAUCGGUGGUGAUAACUCAUCCAAGAACAGAAAACCUGAACACCAAUCAAAUCAAUGGAGGAAAUCAAAUUUACGGUAUUGAUCGGUACAACAAUCCGAUGGUCGUCACUUCCUCUUGCUGGCCGCCUUACCCGUGAUAGCUGUUGCUGAUCUUAGAGAGAGAGAGAGAGAGAGUCUCAAACAGAGCUUUAUAGACUAAGAGUUUAAGUGGUGAUAGACUAAGACAAGCUUUUGCGCAUUGUAACAUCUUAAAACAAACAUAAAUGGAACGUUUUGGUC